AAAAGAAAAUAGAGUGUUAGAAAUCGAAUAUUCGAAACGGUACAACAAACAAUGGGAGGAGAUAGAGAUGCCAAGAGACAGAAGACGACGGAGACGGCGAAGGUAGAGGAGAAGGUCGAGAAGACGACGGAGAUGGACAAGGUCGACAACAACAACAAAGAAGAAACAGCAGGAUCCGUCAAUUUCGAAGAACUACGUGACGAUCUCUUCCGUGAAGCAGCAAAACUCGUCUCCGAAGAUCCCUCCACCAAAAUCGCCAUUUUCUUCACUCCUCCAUCUUCUUCGGAUGGAUCUAUGUGUUCCUUCGGCUAUCCCUCUGUCGACGGCGUUGUUAAAACUUUCCUCGCGGAUUCUGAUCCAGCGAAAAAUGAAGAAGACGAGGAUGAGGAUGAUGCGGAGGAGGAAGAGGAUGAUGCGGUGGAGGAAGAGGAUGGCUCGUCUAAAGGGUUUUGGUGGGAGGAAGGUAUGAAGCGAAUCCAUUCGAUGAAUGCGGAGGAGUUACAAGCCUCGUAUGAUAGGUUGUCGAGGCUGAGGGACCGUAUGGUUCUCCAAUUAGACGACGAGGCCAAAUUGAAACUAGCUCAUGAUUCUGGGAAUCAGCAGGAGGAGGAUCUUCUUCUUCCCAACGACAAAGAUGCUCAACCCAAACCCAAACCCUAAUUAAGGCGGCUGAUGCAUUUCCAAGUCUACUUUUGCCCGUAAUUAUAGCUUUUUUUUUUCGUAAUAGGAGUUUCGAUUCGAGAUUAGGUUAAUUUCUAAUCAUCUUAUCGCUUAUGGCUUCGUUUUAACAUCAAUGAAUCUUAUCUUAUGGCUUCAGAUUUUAACAUCAA